AUGGUGAAAGCUUUGACUGAAUUUGGGCACAUCCGUUGGGUGUCCCAUACGCUUCACUUGGUGGUGAUCAAAGCACUGGAGAAGGACAGGGUUGUGACAUCCCUUCUCUCUAAAGCCAGGAGCAUAUCUGGCCAUGUUCAUCGCUCAAGCAAAGCCAGCAACAGACUACAGGAGCUGCAAACACAGUUGAACCUCCCCCAGCACACGCUCAUAACAGAUGUUAAAACAAGGUGGAACUAUACGUUCUACAUGCUCCAGCAGCUGGUGGAGCAGCGCAGGGCUGUGCAGAUGAUGACACAGGAGUCCAACAUGGGUAAAGCUCCAACAAUCAUCUAUCCAGAUGAGUGGGGGUUAGCAACAGACAUGCUCACUGUUCUUAGUCCUUUUGAGGAGGUCACAUGGGCGCUCUCAAAACACAGCGCCUCCAUCUCUGAGAUUCAUCAGAGACUUCACACUGGAGAGAAGCCGUACAGCUGUGAUGUAUGUGGGGCAGCUUUCAAACAGAAGAUUACCCUAAUAAAACAUCAAAUCGUUCACACUGGAGAGAGGCCGUACAGCUGUGAUCUAUGUGGUAAAACCUUUACUUGGAGGGGUAGGCUAGUAAUACACCUACGUGUUCACAACGGAGAGAAACCGUACUGUUGUGAUAUAUGUGGUAAAACAUUUUCUGAUAAUAGUAGCUUUAAAAGUCACCAGCGCAGACACACUAGAGAGAAGCCAUACAGCUGUGAUAUAUGUGGUAAAACAUUUCCUAAGAGCGGUAGUCUUAAAAUACACCGAUGUGUUCACACCGGAGAGAAGCCGUACUCGUGUAAACAAUGUGGGGAAACGUUUUCUCGGAGAAGUCACCUUAAAUCUCACCAGCGUGUUCACACUGGAGAGAAGCCCUACAGCUGUGAUCUAUGUGGUAAAACAUUUUCUAAGAGUCAUGGUCUUAAAAUACACCGACGUGUUCACACUGGAGAGAAGCCGUACAGCUGUGAUAUAUGUGGUAAAACAUUUUCUAGGAGAAAUAGUCUUAAAAUACACCGAUGUGUUCACACUGGAGAGAAGCCGUACUCGUGUAAACAAUGUGGGGAAAAGUUUUCUCGGAGAAGUCACCUUCAAUCUCACCAGCGUGUUCACACAGGACGCAAGCCCCACAGCUGUGAUCUAUGUGGUAAAACCUUUACUGAUAGUAGUAGCUUUAAAAAACACCAGGUUGUUCACACUGGAGAGAAGCCGUACUUGUGUGAACAAUGUGGGAAAACGUUUUCUCAGAGUAGUGGCCUUAAAAAACAUCAACGCAUUCACACUGGAGAGAAGCCCAAAUAAUCUGAACAAGUAAUUAGCUUUAAAUAAGCAAAACUACAAAGAGACACAUGAAAGUGCAGCUUCAAGAAAAAACAAUAACUACAGUGGGGUUUGAAACAUUGGGCCCCCCAGAUAGAAAUGUGUAUUAAUGAGCAUAAAGAAGCCAAAAAAGAUGGAAAAAUCUCCAAAAGGCAUCAAAUGACAGAUAAAAGAUUUGUAUAAUAUGUCACAAAAAGUUAGAUUUUAUUUCAUAAUUUUACACUUUCAAAAUAACAGAAAACAAGAAAAUGACGUCUGCAAAAGUUUGGGCCCCCUGCAGAGUUAUUACCUUGUUAACCUCCCCCCCCCCAGCUUGGAAACGCUUUGUCUUUAAUUCUUGUUAGAGGUAUCUUCGCCCAUUCUUCCUUCCAGAAGUCUUCCAGUUCUUUGAGGUUUCUGCUCCUUUAAGGUCAAUCCAUAGAUUUACAUUAUGUUGAGGUCAGGAGAUUGUGAAGGCCAUGGCAAAACCUUCAGUUUACUCCUCUUGAUGGAUUUUGAGGUGUGUUUAGGAUCAUUAACCAUUUGUAGAAGCCAUCCUCUCUUUAACUUCAGCUUUUUCACAGAUGGCAUCAAGUUAGCGUCCAAAAUUUGCUGAAAUUGUAUUGAAUCCAUUUUUCCUUCUACUUGUGAAAUGUUCCCUGUGCCAUGAGAACAGCUGAUUGGGUUCGGGGGGGGGGGGGGGGGGGGGGGGAGGUUUGUGAGCUUUUGACUAAUUCUGUGAUUUUUAACCCAUGUAUAAUCAUUUGUUUUAUUAAUUUGAUCUGUCUUCUUCUUAAAUAAACUGAACUGAGUUGAACUUUGACAUUUA